GCGACUGGUGAGCAGAGAGGCAGCAGCAACAGUUUCAGAAUUGAAGUGUACGCUGCUGCAACUGGCACACUCGUCACUACCGUAAACAUGCAAGCUGCCGACACUGUUGAGAAACUCGUGCACAAGAUCUGCGCAGAGGUUGGCCAAUGCCCCGAAGAAACUGAGCUGAUCUACAAGACUGAGCGCUUGGAUCAGCGACACUGUUUGUGCAACGUGGGCCUUAUUGCCGACGCAGAAGUACAGAUAGUCAAAGUUCCCCUUCCAUUGAAGAACGCUCAAGACGUGUUCAGGUAUUUCGACAACUCAAUGAGACAUGUAGAGCACCGGCCCAUCCUGAACUUCAUGGGAGACCAGGAGAGAAUCAUGCCAGGCGAUUGGAUUGCCAGGUUGUGGAUGGCCGAGUCACCACCCAGAACUGCAACAUUGA